AUGCCGAAAUUAAAAAAUAAAGGGCCCAAGUCGGCCAAAGUGGAAGCCUCAGCGCCGCCGCCACCAGUUCCUCCAUCAUGGCCAGCUUUCAAGCCUUCUCUGCCGAUAGUUGACUUGUCUCCUGAACCUCAUCCAUUGACUUCCAAGGUUGCUCUCAUACCUUCAUUUUUCCCGCGAUCGCUCUGCCGCGACUAUGUCGCCUUUCUAAAAACCCUUCCUCUACAAACAACGCCGGGCCGUCCCAAGCGGGGCGAAGCAGUUCGUGUCAACGAUCGGUUCCAGGUUGAGAGCUAUGACUUUGCUAUGCGAUUAUGGGAGCAAACUGGUUUGAAAGAGGUCUUGCUAGACGGUGACGUUAACGAGAAGUGGUAA